GCUCAGCUGGUACCUUGAUGGCCCAUGGGGUAUAUCCAUCUCACUCCACCACAACCACCCACUACUCAUCCAUCGUAAUGGGAAUAAUACCUCACCGACUCUCCUAACCAUUCUUAAAUAGCCUACGUAGCGUCCGUUUCAAUUCCCCGUCCUUUCGCCUCGUAAAUCGAUCUUAUCAUUCCAAAUAUACGAGGUCGUGUUGGCGCAAGAGCUAGGCCUUUCCGAAGCCUCAAAAGUACUUCCUCGUCCCUCAUCCAGACAUCCCGAGAAAACCUAAUAUAGUCUGCGCCGCAGCUGAACAACUUGCCUUUAUUCCCCCUCUUUUCGCACAUUUUACUGCCUGAGAUCCUGUUUUCGUCAAUUCCUCGAUUCCCAUCUCCACUGUACAUACAUCCAACAUCCAACACCAUCACAAAACCCCAGUACGAGAAAGACCAAACAGAAAAAGGAAAACCCAAUGGUCGAACCAAUGCAUCAACAACAAACCUCCCCCUUCCUCCGCCUCCUCCCCCUUGAAAUCCGCCUCAUGAUCUACGAAUACCUGCUCCUCCCGUCCGACAAGCCCUCCUCGACGCACGCCUCCAGCGUCGCCAACCUGAUGCCGGACUACCACACCUACUACUCGUCCGACACGAACAACGACCCUUUCACGCUGACGGUGCGGACCAUCGAUCCGUUCCUCGGGGGAGGCGCGGGAGGAGGAGCGGGAGGGGGUGCGAGGUGGAGGCGAAGGUCGACGUAUCGUGUUAGGACUGGUGAGUGGGAUCCCAGCGCGUUUGAUCGUAAGAUAUCUGCCUUUUUUUUCCUUCUUUCUUUUCCUGAACUUUCUCUUGACAUCGUUCUCCUUUGCGAGUCGUUUCGUCCUUUACGUCCACGAACAAACCAGACGACUAACAGUCCCCCCACAGGACCCUUCCAAACCUCCACAAUCCCAACAACCUACCGCGUCCUCCUCUCCCCCUACACCUCCCACCUCCGCUCCACCAUCCCCUCCCUCCUCCCCGUGUGCCGCCAGAUCCACGCCGAAGCCUCCAAAGUCCUCUACUCCUCCUACACCUUCGCCUUCCACGCCAACAUCGAGGCCCUCGUGCCCUUCUUCUCGGACCUCACCCCCUGGGCGAGAGCGCACGUCGCGCGCGUGCAGAUCACCAAGAAAGCGCUGCCGUAUACCAAGGAGUUCGAUCGCGCGGAGUGGAAGGGUAUGUGUGCGUUUCUCGCUUCGAUGGAGGUGCGGGAGUUGGAGUUGGGGGUUGUGGCGGGGAGGCCUGUGGGGGAGGAUGAUGGGUGGGAGGGCGUGAGGGGGAUACGGAGGGAGGAGUUUGAGGUGCUGGGACGGGUUCAAAGGGAGUGGACGGGGGGGAGGUUUUUUGGCGAGGAGGGGGCGGGGAGUGCGGGCGGGAUUGAUCUUCAGUGGGUGGUGCAGUUGAUGAGGGUGGGGGGGUUGAGGAGGGUGGAUGUGAGGGCGUUGGUGGAGAGUUGUCAGAGGCCCAGGAGUGAGGUUAUGGCGUUUUGGGUUGCGUUUAGUAAGAGUGUUGAGGGGGGUUUUAGUGAGUGGGUGAGGAGUGUUAUGGUGGGUGCGGAGUGAGUUGUACUGCGGGUGUUUUGGGGUUUUCCUUUUGGUUCUCGUUCAUGGCUUUGGAGAUACCAGGUUGGCUGCAUUGGAAUUGGCGUUGGAGGGACAUUGGAAUUGGAAUUUGAAUCGCGGGAUUGCAUCUGCGUCUGCGUCUUGUCAUCAAUUGUUUCUUUCGAAGGAAAGUGACAGAAUGCAUCGAAUAGCGUUACAGUAUGGUCAGCUAAGUAAAACAAAAAGCUAACUCGAUUUUUGAC